GCUAUCGAAAAGAUUGAAAGAUGCGGUGAAAAAUGUUUUUACCUUAGUUUGUCUUUCUUACGACUUUUGAUUGGACCAGGACUACAGCUGAUUUUUAACUGACUUAAUCAAUGAAGAAGUGACUACGCAUCUCAUACCUUGUGUUGAAGAGAUUCUCUCGUCUAAACUUGUUCAGAGUGACUGCAAAAUGGCACUUGAGACAGCCUGGAGGAAGUUAUACAUGUUACUGAUUCUCCUCGUUCACUGCCAAAACGCUAAUUCCAGAAGACAAGGCCCGGUUUCAGUUACGUCUUUAGGGUGUUACCAAGAUAGAACGACCCACCCAAGUCAAAGGAUAUUUUCCAUACUGUUCUUAAGAGUAAAUAUUGUAAGGUGGUGGCCUGAUAGUCACCACAUCAUACAAUCAUGCGCCAGUGCGGCCGCCGCCAAAGGAUAUCGGAUAUUUUCUAUUCAGGACUUCGCAGAUUGUCGCUGGGGUCCAAGCGCUGAAAGGGAAUACGGAAACUAUGGCCUUGGCUCAUAUUGUUAUAGAGGAAUAGGUUGGCUUGGGUCUGGCAACGUGUACCCGGUUCAAAGUUCAUCACCAGCAAAGGGGAACUGGGCGCCCUGGUCUCGUUGGAGCUCGUGUAGUGCCAGUUGUAAUGGUGGAACUCGAACGCGCAAACGUAGCUGUACCAAUCCUCCACCGACCAAUGGUGGCGUAAGGUGUCAUGGAUCGAACUCUCAGACGCAGCUUUGCAAUACCAACCGCUGCCAAACUAGAGUUGUUCAUGGAAGAUGGUCAGCUUGGCAGUCAUGGAGCUCCUGCUCACGAAGCUGUGGCAGAGGGUCACAACUCAGGACCAGAACAUGCAGCAACCCUCCUCCAAGAAAUGGAGGCAAUUACUGCCGAGGUUCAAACUCUCAAAGAAGAAGCUGCAGCUCAAAUAGAUGUCCUGUCAAUGGUGGGUGGUCAGGAUGGCGACGGUGGAGCUCCUGUUCCAGAAGUUGUGGAGGAGGAACACAGCGACGAGUCAGAACAUGUACCAACCCCCCUCCAAGAAAUGGUGGAUCCACAUGCCCAGGAAGGAACAUCCUAGUCCGUUCAUGCAAUACCAAUCGCUGUCCAGGUUGUGUGGAGAGGAGCAUAGUGACUGAUAGGUGUGGCCAGCGUUGUAGAUGUUCUCGUGGGCGCUUUGUCCAGUGCACACGAGUGAGACGGGAAUUUACAACCAUGUCAAGAGCUGAUCGUGAAAAAUACGUCAGAGCUGUCCGCACUGUGUCAACAGAUCCCAGAUACAAAACCGAUUAUGACAGUAUGCUAACCCAACAUAAAACAAUAUUCAAUUCAGGGAUUCAUCAACGAGAUUUUUUCUUACCAUGGCAUCGAUGGUUCAUGCUACAAUAUGAGAAUCUUCUUCGACGCGUGGACUGCACAGUGACGGUUCCUUACUGGGACUGGAGCGUAGCAUCACGUUCUCCCUGGCGCCGCAGAGCGUCCGAUCUGUGGUUUCCAGGAAAUAGUGGUUUUGGUGGGAAUGGAGAACAAACAACCGAGCAGUGUGUGACAAGUGGUCCAUUCAGGCGAGGAGUUUGGAAUGUUGUGCCAUCAGCCGGGGGUAGCUGUCUUCGUCGUCAGUUUAAUCUUACUGACAACCCCCCUGAUUCCGCAGCAGUCGCAGAAGUGCUAAGGAUUCCUCAUUUGCAAUUUGAUUCCUUCGAGAUUGCGCUGCGAAUAAAUCUUCAUGACACUGUUCACUGCUUUAUAGGAGGAACCAUGUGUUCAUUCGACUCGGCUGCUGCUCCUGAGUUUAUGCUGCACCAUGGUUUUGUGGACAAGAUAUGGACAGACUGGCAAAGGAGGAGUGCAGUUCACAUGCAUGCUCAUUUUUCCUCCGUCACUGCACCAAUGCCCGGCACGAACCAGCUACGUACUACAGCAGUUUUGAAUAACUUAAGAUUACCAGGAGGAGUACGAGUGCAAUACCAGAAUCCACCGAGACUGCAGAUGAGAAGCCGUUUUGGAGCCUUGAGAGCAAACUCCUUUGGCCAAGCUUCACGGGGGCAGUUUUCUGUCCUUAGUGAAAUAGCUAUCAUACUGUUCAACGUCUCCAAAAUUGAGGUGGAGAAGGCAAGACGACUAGGAAUGCGGCUGCUGCCUACACGCCGCCGCUCUGGAAAGAGAAACCUCAUUGAUACUUCAUAGGAUUUCUAGUUGUUAAUUUCUAGUUUUUUUGAUUUCUAUUUGUUAAUUUGUAACGAUACCUCUCUAACUUUAUCAAUUUUUUUUUCAUCUCCGCAAUCAAUUUUCCCUGCAUUCUUUAAAUCCUCAAAGAAAAGUACAACUUACUGAACUCAAUUUUGUCGGUUGAUUUUGUGGGAAAUUAUCUCAUCUUGCCGAUUGCUUACUCAGUCUCUGAAUCAAUACAGAUGAAACUUCGAAUUCGCGCAUGACCAUUUACUAAUUUUAAGAUUAUUUUAAUCCGACCACUUGAUCCUAACUUAAAUAUUUUUUAGUAUGAUUAACUUAGAAAGGUAGGAGGGUUUAGUCUUUGACUUUUAACCUCCAAGAUUUACAUCUUUAUUCAGUUCUCAGCUCCGUCCGUCAAACUUUCUCUUUAUUUUAGGACUGUGGGGUUUGAUGUUUCAUCAAACGGUAUUCCCUUGUUGAUAAUCCUCUUUCUUUUGAUCGCCAUUCGUUUGAAAGAUCUAUAUUAUAUCUAAAUUUUGAAGAAAAAGUCUUUUUUGGUAACUCCUGGAAGUGAAAGGUUUCACUGGGUAUAAAGCAAUAUUUCAAAGAGCAAUUUGUUUUGUAAAAGGUGCUUUUAAACUCUCUCGUUCUCAGCUUCCUCCAUCAUGCGGUCUCUUGGCAGCAACAUUGAUGAAUAAACGAAACUUCCGUUGUCAAUA